AUGUCCAGCGUCUUACGCAGCGUCAAGAAUGUCACCAAGGGCUACUCGUCUGUCCAGGUCAAGGUGCGAAAUGCGACCAGCAACGACCCAUGGGGUCCCACCGGGACAGACAUGGCAGACAUUGCCAAAAUCACUUUCAACAGCUCCACCGACUUCUACGAGGUUAUGGACAUGCUUGACAAGCGAUUGAACGACAAGGGAAAGAACUGGAGACACGUACUGAAGAGCUUGAAAGUGUUGGACUACUGCUUGCACGAGGGUUCUGAGCUGGUCGUGACGUGGGCGAGGAAGAACAUCUACAUCAUCAAGACUUUGCGCGAAUUCAUCCACAUUGACGAGGAUGGCCGAGAUGUUGGCGCAAGCAUUCGAGCUUCUGCAAAAGAGCUUACUUCUUUGAUCCUGGACGAAGAGCGCCUGCGAGCCGAAAGAGCAAAUCGUGGGUCGUGGAAAUCACGCGUUACUGGACUCGAAGACUUCGGGCUAGGAGGAGAGCCAAACCAGGAACAGCGACGCCGCCGUGAUCAGCGCAACCGAACUGCCAACGACGAUGACGAUCUCGAGUACCGACUUGCGAUUGAGGCGUCCAAGAACGAGGCCGAGGCGGAUGCAGCGAGGAGAGCGACCAGCUCGCAUGGCGCAGGAGUGGACAACGAUGAUGAUCUUGCCAAAGCGAUCAAGCUCAGCAGAGAAGAAGAAGAGCUUCGAAAGAGGCAACUUGAAGACCAACAGCAAGAGAAUCUGCUUUUCGACGACACCCCAGCCCAACAACCUCAACCAACCGGUUUCAACCAGGGGUACCAGCAGCAAGCUCAAGUGGAUUGGUUUGGAAACCCUGUGCAAGGGCAACCCACUGGAUACUACGACAACGCCUACAACCAGCCCACUGGCAUCCAGCCACAGCAGACCGCUUUCCAGAACGGAUACGGGGGUGGAUUUGGGUAUCAGCAGCCGCAGCAGACUGGAUUCGAGCAAAUGCAACAGCCACAACAGCAAUUCAUCCAGCCUCAGAACACUUACAAUCCAUGGGCUCAGCAGAUGAACGGUUUCGGCCAACAGCAACAGCAGCAGCCCAUCCAGGAGCAAUCAACUGCUCAGCCUGGCUCAAAUAACCCAUGGGCAUCGAACAACACUCAGUCGCCGAUUGGGGCCCAACCGACUGGAUCCAACAACCCAUUCGCCAGCAGGACCCAACAAACUACACACCAAUCUAGCUUUGGCAAGCCUACCCUUUCGACUUUGCAAGAGCAACAAACCGCGAACCAAUUCAACACCCGUCCAAACCCUAUCCAGAACUUCGCUGCGCCCAUUCAACAGUCACCAAUCCAACCACAACAAACCCAGCAACAGAGGCCACCACAUGAUCCCUACGCUGCCAAGCUCAACAAUCUACUUGCAACCGGCGAGGGUCAAGAUACUUUCGGCAACGUUGGAGACCUGCGUAUCCCUGCGCAACACACUGCUCCAGGCACUUUCAUCAAUUCGAUGGGUACUGGAAGGACUGGCAACAACCCUUUCUUCUCACAAGCCCCAGCGCCUCAACAAUUCCCUGCGCAAACUGGACCAGCGACUGGAUUUGGUGGGAACAACCCAUUCGGAUCAAGGCCUCCUCAGCAGCAAACCCAGGGACAGGGCGGCAGCUUGAUCGACUUAUAG